AUGGUGAUGUUAAUGAGGGAGUUUCUGGCUGGACAGCAACGCCGGGAAGAAGGGUUGCUGGUAGAACUCCGGAGGCUGGGGAAUGCUCAGUCUAACCCUCCGUCUUCUCCACCGCCUUUGUCCAGAGAUCGGCCGGUUCCACACUUUCCCGUUUCACGUGCCCAGUCUCAGGCAUCAUUGUCACUGUCCGACAGGAGCCCAAUGAUUGGAUUACCGACCCCUGCUGGCCAGCGAAUGCAGUACGCAGGGAUUCAUCAGGGAGGUGAUGAGAGUGAUGAGGGAGCAGGAAGUGUGUACGACUAUGUGGAGGUGUAUAACGGCGGCGACGAGGCCUCUCCUCUCGUGGGGAAGUUCUGUGGGAAAAUCGCACCGUCUCCGAUCAUCUCCAGCGGCGCUCAGCUCACCGUCAAAUUCGUGUCGGACUAUGAGACACACGGGGCUGGCUUCUCCAUCCGCUACGAGGUCUUCAAAACCGGUCCUGAAUGCUCUCGUAACUUCACGGCUCCUCGGGGGGUCCUGUCCACGCCGGGCUUCCCCGAUAAAUACCCCAACAACCUGGAGUGCACCUUCAUGAUCGUGGCUCCGCAGAUGGCAGAGAUUGUGGUGGACUUUGACUCCUUCGACAUGGAGCCAGACACCACGCCACCACCGGGGGCGCUGUGCCGCUACGACUGGCUCGAGGUGUGGGACGGAUUCCCCGCAGUCGGCCCGCACAUCGGCAGGUUCUGCGGUCACACGUCUCCAGGCAGAAUCGUGUCCUACACCGGGAUUCUGUCCAUGACCAUCACCACCGACAACGCCAUCUCCAGAGAGGGCUUCUCCGCCAACUACAGCAUCCGCCUGAGGGAGCCUCCUGUGGGGGCGAAGGCCGAUCCACAGAGCCCUGACUUUCGGUGCCUGGAGCCGUUGGGGAUGGAGUCAGGAGACAUCGGCUCCGAUCGGAUCGAGGCUUCGUCCAAAUACAACCAGAACUGGUCCCCAGAGCGGUCCAGACUCAACUACGGGGAGAAUGGGUGGACACCAUCUGAAGACUCGGUCCGGGAGUGGAUCCAGGUGGACCUGGGCUUCCUCCGUUACGUCACGGCGAUCGGGACUCAGGGCGCCAUCUCCAAGGAGACGCAGAAACACUACUAUGUGCGCUCGUACAAGGUGGACCUGAGCUCCAACGGAGAAGACUGGAUCACAGUGAAGGAGGGCUCCAAGCAGAAGGUGUUCGAGGGGAACUCUAAUCCCACUGAUGAGGUCCGUUCUCUUCUUCCCAAACCGACUCUGAGAUCAGACCCAGGGCAUCUGCCUCCGACUGGAGCUGUACGGCUGCCGGACCACAGGUGA